AAACUCAAAAAAAAAAAAAAAAAAGAAGAACCCCCUCUUACUUUCUUCUGAAAGAACCCGCCGAAACUCUGCAAUGAAACGUUCUCAAUUCAAAACCCUAAAAGGCUUCAACCUUUCUGUCCAAUGUCGGAUCCACACGCGUGGACCUGCCACACGUGCGGCAAUGCGGGGUUUGCGGACGGCUUCGACGGCUUCUAUUACUGCCUCCGCUGCGGCUCCCAGGCGGAGGACAUCAUCGAAACCGGCGUCGCCGACGAGGACUUCGCCGACAAGGGCGGGACCGCCGGCGCUCCCCUCUACUCCGCAACCCACCGCCGAAACCGCCCCGUUGCUGCCUCCGCCAUAAAAGCCGAGCCAAUCUCCCAAGUGCAGUCCGCUACGCUCCAGUCCCAAUUCUGGGCCGCUUUAACCCUCGACGACGACGGAGAGGGCGAAGGCGGCGAUCGCUUCAAUCGGGCGAGUAUCAAGACGGAGGAGAUUGAAUUCGACGGCGUGGGACCCACGGGCCCGCGGGAUUUCGGCUCGGUCGGGGAGAGCGUCCCGAGCUUCGAGGAGUAUUACAGCGAUAUAAGGAUUAGGUAUGUGAUGGGAUUACAGCUGAUGAUCGAGUUCCAGUGCGAGGCUCUGGUCAGGGAGUUCAAGGUGAACCCGUUGAUCUGCGGGUUGGCCGGGACCGUUUGGUUGCGAUUCGUUGCGGGAACUAGGGUUUUCGAUGACGGCUGGGUUGAUGAAUCCAUUAACGAGUCCGAGAGUCAGCAACAAGGAGAACCACCACAAGAUUUCAAGCCACGAGCUAAAUAUGGUUCAGAACCUCACAAUAUGUAUGGUCAGAGAGCAGUAAUGAUAUGGUUUAGAUCAUUAAGAAAGAAGAUUCCGCUAUCUUAUACUUUAGGAGUUUCAUUUCUGGCUUGUCAUCUUGCCAGGGAACCGGUCCUAACAACGGAUAUUGUAAAAUGGUCACUGGAAGGGAAAGUUCCGUACUUUGCUGCUUUUGUUGAAAUUGAAAAGCACAUGGGACAAAGAUCUAGCGGUUGUCCAAUAAGUACAACUCUUAUGUUUAGGCCAAAUGAAUCUGUUACGGCACAGAAGCUAGAAUCACUCUCUGCAUCCAUUGCCGACUCUGUAGGUUUGGCUUUACCUCCUGUGAACUUCUAUUCGAUUGCUUCACGCUAUCUUCGGGAGUUAUCUAUUCCUUUGGAAAAGAUUCUUCCUCAUGCACGCCGAAUGUAUGAGUGGUCAAUGCCUCCAGAUUUAUGGUUGUCAACAAAUGAACUGAGGCUUCCUACUCGUGUUUGUGUAAUGUCAAUGCUGAUUGUUGCAAUAAGAAUUCUAUACAACAUUCAUGGUUUUGGAGAAUGGGAGAAGAGUUUGUGUAGGCGUCACACUUGUUCCACAUCUAAGGGGACAGAAGACUCAGAACUCAAACCUGAUCUUGACGUGAAAGAAUGUGCUGGGAAGGGUUCUGGUUCUCCUCAAAUUUUAGAUGAUUCUGGAACAAACCCGGGUAGAGACACAUCACAUGCUCAGAAAACUGAGUUGGAUGCUGCAAAGCUUUUAUGCGAUCUUGAAGCAAGAUAUCGUGGGAUUAAUGAAACCUAUGAAUACUCCAAGGACUUGCCAUCAUAUCUUCAAUUCUGCAAGGAUGUGGUCUUUGCUGGAUUAGAACCAUCCUUCGAGGAUUACGAGGAAAAGAGACUAAUAGAAGAAUUAUGGGACUUUUAUUGGAGUGAAAGGGAUUCCAAGACAGCAGUUCAAGAAGAAGCGCAUGGUAGUGAAGCUGUUACGCAAAAGAGAGCUAGGGUUGAUGUAGAGUGUAGAAGUUUCCCUUUCAAAGAGAACAAGAGGUUCAGGGAUAAAGGGUGUGUUGGUGAUCCGUCCCCGUAUAAUGGUAGUCGAAGUGCAGGUGAUCAACAUAGCGAAAACAGUGAUCAGUUUGACAGUUCUCAGGAUGAUCAAAUCUCAGAACAGAAGGACCAAACUUCAGCUGACAGUCUCAAAGAUGAAACAGCAGAUACUCUCAAAGAUGAAACAUCAGAGAUUCUUAAAGAUGAAGCCAUUAGGCUAUUGAAAUCAGAUUUUGAAGAAAACAGGUUCUAUUACAUCCCGCCGAGGGUCAACCCCAAGAGAUUUGAUUAUCUUCAUUAUGCAAGGAAGAAAGAUGAAGGCGCAUUGACUUACGUUGCCCACGCGGAUUACUACAUAUUGCUUCGUGCUUGUGCUAAGGCUGCCAAAAUUGACAUUCGGUUGAUGCAUAUUGGGGUAUUGAGUUUUGAGAGGAGGCUGGCUUGGAUUGAACAAAGGAUCAACCAUUGCUUGCAUUUGAAGCCUGCCACUGUUUUCUGUGAAUUUUGUAACUAUCUAGGAAAUGCUUCAGUAGAGUCCCUUGGACUUUCGAAUCUGAAUAUAUGAGUUCUUUUGUUAUUACUAUUAUUUAUUUUUUUUAAUCAUUUUGAUUUUUUUAUAUGGGUAUUACUAGAGAAUAUCAAACAGAGGAGAGGGGAAAAGGAGGGAAAAAAAAAAGGAUGCACGUCAUGUGAAUAGGAAAGAAAACAUCAGGAGCUCUUAAACUCUUCAGGCUA